AUGCAUACAGCCUCUACUCCACCGGCCCAGACGUCGGGGUCAGGGUCGGGCUCUAUGCCCUACCCGGCCCUGCCAGCGUCGCCCACUCUGACAAACCCAGAUAUGAUAUUGCCCGACUACGACGAUACCUGCUCUUCUCCAGACAGAUCGCACUCGCCCCUAAUAAUGUGGAAGAACGCACAUGCUGCCGAGAUGGGCUUUGAUCUCACUCCCCAGGCUUUCACGGGACCCAUCACUCCCACUACACCUAUUAUAUAUGGGAACGGAACGAUGCUUUCGGAUAUCGGAGAGGUCACCGAGGUUGAAAGCACAUGUCCUCCGAACAAACCGCGAUCCGGGUCUACGCGCAGUGACGGUUCGAUGCAUCCGAUUUCCCUAUCCCAUUACGAGAUCAUCAAGAAGAAGGAUUCCAAGAUUGGUCGCGAAAGGCGGUUGUCCAUGGAAUCGACGAGUACCAUUACCAACCAUGAUCAGGGUGGAGUGUUUGCAGAUUUUGACGACGAUGUGAGCGUUGACGACAGCAAUUUCCAGGGAGACGAUGAGGAGAGUGUAGCCGACUCCUUUAUAGAUGACGCAUUCCACGAAAAUGCCAUGGCAAUUAAGGAAGCACGUAGAGCGAUAGGACAGGAGCGCUAUUCCACGGCCUUGAGUCGGAGAGCUGAGCAGAUUCUAGCGAAUGCGAAGCGGCGGUUGACGACCAUGGAAGGAAAUUUGAGUCGGGCGAGAUCCAUUAACUCUCCUACCUUUUCGAUCGACUCCGGCUCGACACCUUCGCCCACAAGUUUCAAGCCUACAACCGCAAUCUACCAUGAUAAUGAUGCAAAUUCCCGCAAAAGCUCGAAUGGGCACACAAGGAUAUCUAGUGAAAACAACAUCCCAACCCUUCCAACUGAUUUAGUUAAGCCUGGCCAAUAUAUACCGAGAUCUUCGAGUGCCUUAGGCGCGGCGGGUGGGUAUCGACCGCCCCUCCAUAGCCCGCGUAGUGCAGAUUAUAUGCACGAUAAUACGAGAGGCACGCCGAUGGAUGAUUCGAUAUACGGCAGCCCGACCUUUACUAGGAGUAAGCCGUCUCUGCAAGUCAGGGAGCAUCUACUUGAACCAUUAAGUGAGGAUGAUGCUUCACAGGAUGUGAGUUCGUCAAGGCCGAGCCUGGAAGAUACCAAACUGGACAAUUUCCUUAGUCCGACCUUCGGGUCUUAUUCAGACAAAGGACUGAAACGGUCUGCGUCAACGGCGCAAAUGCGUGAUUUGAAAGACCAGAUGAAGGAUCUCAAGGGAAGAUUAUCGACAUUGCGAGAUCAAGCCCGAGAAGAUAGUCUAAAGCGGCGAAGCCUUCAAAGCUUACGUACUCCUAGUCCUUUCACACAUGCUCAAGUUAACCAGUGGUACGCUGGCACGGCUAAACCUGAAGACGAGGGCUCUGUUCCUAGCGACUAUAAAUCGCAGUUGUCAAACGAGGACGUCUCGAGCAUCAAUGGUGGUGAGAGGGAUAUGGCAGUAAAACAAAUAUCGCCUCACGCUAGCGAAGAAUCGGCCCCGAGCGGCUUUUCUACCGUAGAAGACAGCGAGCCUUCACCAUUAGGCGACGGUGAAAAUAGCUUACCGUCAUCUAAAAGUGAUGACCUAUCAGUUCCUAACCAAGCAGAGGACGAUGACGAUAUGAGGACUGAAGAUGGUUCCGACGAAGAUGUGGAUGAAGUGGCUCAAGAAGAGGAGGAAUAUGAGGUAGAUGCGGAAAUAGAUGAGGACGAGCAGGCCGUGUUUGAAGACGAUGCAAGCGAGAGCGGUGCGUCCUCAUAUUACGAUUCCGUCCAGAAUCAACUGUCCCACGAAGAUCGCGAAGAUGCCUUCGACUACGAACAUUUUUUCCUGCACAGCGCGAUGGGUAGCAUGAGCCGGAGGCGGAUGAGAAAAGGCAGCCGCGAUAGUUUCACCUCUGAAGACUCGGUGGAGACAACUCGAGGUCCAGUUGCGACUUCCAACGCGAGAUCGACUGCUGGUAAGGCCGGGAGCCGCUCUCGUAGAGGUAGUCGUGAUUCCAUUUCAUCGAUAGAGUCGUUCGCAACAGCCACAGAGGGCAGGCUGACAAGAGCAGAAAAUGAGGCUGUGGAGGCUUAUCACGGACCCGGUGUUAUAAUACCCGAACGCGCUCGAACGCAUACGCCGGACGCAGCAAGACGGGCUCGCUUAUCGACCGGGACGAGCGAUUCCGGAUCUGAUAAUACUCGGACUAAACCAUCCAAUAUCCGGCGACCACAGAGUAGUGCGGCAGCAUUUAUGCAUCGACCCUCCGUAUCGUCUUUUGACUCGAGCAAAACUCAUAGAAGUUUCCCGUUGGUGAAUAAACCGAAGGUGAAUGGUGGUAUAUUAACGCCGCGGGAUUCGCCUGACCGAGAGUUGAAACGAAUCUCAGAGGUCUUUCUUAACGAGAGCCUUAGCAGCAUGCAGGGCGGAGAUAACAAGACGUCCCCGAUCGAGAUGUUACAGAGAGACGAUCGAAUUCUCGUCGAGCGCUUGAUCGGAAGCCUUGGUCGAUGUGUCCUCGGUUUGGCCGAGUCCGGUCGCGGUUCGGCUGACUAUCGGGCGCAAAGAAGGAAAAUAGAAGCAGCUAAGCGAGUUUUGGAGAGCUUGGAGGCGCCGGCGUAA